CAAGGGUCGCGGGCAAUUUUCAGAAUCUCGACCACGCGACUGAUAGCAAUUCGGAGGUAUACUUUGAAGGCCUGGCAGUGAUACCCUCCGGAUUGUGAUAUUUCUGGAAAUAUUCAUCAAGAUGGUUCGCGUAGGACAAAGAUGGCAUGCUUUAAGAGCUCUCCUGGGAACAGCUUCAAUUGACGCGAGAGAAACCUACCAGAUCCUUAAAAUCCGCUUCGGUCCCGGUGCCGCAACACUGCCUUCCAAUGUCACGAGGAUACAUAUGGAAUUCGCCAAUCGCGCAGAAGCCGGUCAUGUUGGCCCCAAAAAGUUCUGGCGCGAAAUGCUCCCCCGCCUAAAGUACUAUAACCCCGCCAUCCCGAUGGUCGUGAACCGUAAAACCAACGUCGAGGGCACCGCCAUCAUGUCCGUCUACUUCUCCACUACUGAUGCCCCCGUCGACCCGUCGACGCUCCCGCAACCCUCCUCCUCCGCCAUCGACAACAGCAAGGCACCGCAACCGCUUGAGGGCGUCGAGCGCGUGGUCAAGAUCGACAUGAAGAACAAGCACUCGGAGGAUAUCCUCAACCACUUCUUGGCCGAGACAAAGGCCGAGGCCAUCCUGCCCGGGCCCGAGGACGAGAACGAAAUGAAGGCCGUCGAGGAACUCAAGGCCAAGGGCGAGGUGGACCGCCAGCGCAACCGCAAGAUCCGCGAGGAAGAGAAGAAGGAGAAGGCUAUGUUGGCCAGGGCACGUGCCGAGGCAGGUAGCUCGUGAUAGCGCCAUGCGGAUAUGUGUACGAGUUGUGGCGUGCGCGGAAAUCAAAAAAUGUGUAUGAAUAUCCUGUACAAAAUGUACCAAAAAGAAUCUCUGCAUGAACUGGUAUACCCAUGGAGAUUCUUGGCUGAUUCUGUCAAAAACAUACAAAAGGGGGGUCCAAGUU